CGCGCGCGCUCAGUCAGCUGACGACAGCCGCUGUGACCGCACGCUUCAACUCAACACCACCCCGUGACAGUUCCGCGCAGUGAACGCAACCCGAGUGUUAAUCUCUUCGUGUUAAUAAAAUACAAUAAUAAAAUGGCCACUUACGCCCAGUUCAAGCACGUCGAGCUCUACAAAAUCGGCCACGGAAAGAAUAGGGUGCCCAAUGCCCCGAAAAGCUGCAUAGCCGAGAUCUUCAGUUCGGACGUGGUUGACGGUGGCAGUCCAGUGAAGAACGGUAUAUCGAAGCCGCGUGUAGUGCGUGACACACCUACCCGCCCGCGUGACACACACUCCAGACUCUUUGGACAGGCGUCCUCGCACCACGGCUCCGUCGCCCCCAUGGUAACGGACACCAUCCGCAGCCACAUUCAAUUCGGAGACGGCGCCAUGAACGGCACCAGCCCUUCAAACUCUCCUUCCAAGAUGAACGGUAGCGCGAUGUCCACCCCCAGCAGAGGUGAGACGGCCAGCAACGUCGAACACUGCAACCCGAUCACCGGAGACGGCUACAAGUCGAUGAACGGCCAGAUUAACACCGUGACGUCAGUGAAUGGUACCAACCACAUUAUGCACCAUAGCCGCGUGCCGCCCGGCGGAUACUCAUCUGGCCUUUGGUAGGCUUACGUCACAUCCCCCCCACCAUCACUUAUCGUAUCUACCCGACGACGGAGUCACAAUAAAAACUCAGUCGUCGCUCAACUUUCGGCGCGCGCGGACCGUUAAUAUUCUAAAAUAUAAUAUUAUCGGCAUUUAUAUUUAAAAAAAAGUUAUUGAAAAUUUGCAUUUAUUUCAACUACCAUUUUGUUAAUCUACUAAAUUACGAGUAGUAGUACUUUUAAAUUAUAGUAAUAACGCAGCGUGCACUGUCAAACUGCAACGUCCACUAAAAUGGAGGGUACAUGUUGUUUGAUUACAUCUUUAGCCUAUCCCAGUAACAAUUUAUUCGAAUAAUUUAGAAAUAGAUUUAUAGAUAUUUUUGUAAUAGUAUUUCUAUAAUUGUAAAGAUACUUUCGUUCUGUUGCUCUCUGUAAUCUUAUUCUGCGUUUGGUGGAACGCUAAUUCUAAGAUGGCACAGAUCAACAAUCUUUAUUUAAGUACCUACUCGAGAAAAUGUACUCAUUCACACUUAAAACUAUGUUAACGCAUCGAUAUUGAGAAUAAGGUGUGAGAAAUGUAUCAGCAAUAUACCAAAACGAAAAGUGCCUUUAAGGAUGGUGAAAUGAAAUUAUAACUAUCGGAAUUGUAUAAGUUUGAAUUUACAUCUCGUAGGGUGAUUAUAUUAUCUAUAUAGUUCACGGUAUAGAAAUAGUAAUCAUACGGCACUGGCUAAUUGAUACAAUUAACACUAACAUAUUAUUAUUAUCUAAAAUAUAUAUAUGUAUAUCUUUAAAUAUUUGGUUUGUUGAAUUUGAAUGUCGUAAUUGAAGUGAAUACGUUUUUUUUUAUAUAUGGAAAUGCAUUUAUUUUCUUUUUUUAUACAAGUUUAUUUUAUUAUUUUUUUUAGUUUAUUUUCUACAUGUUUAGAGUAAAAGUGUAAAGAUGGAUUUGAAUUUUGGUAAAUUAUCUGUUAACAUAUUGGAUGAAUGACAAUUGUGUGUUAGGAUUAAUAAAUAUUUUAUAAGUUUUUGUUCUGUCUUUAGAAUGUGACAUUCUUAAAAUUACCAUAUCAUCUUUGUAAAAAUGUGUUUUUUUAAUACUUCCUAACAUGGAUUCGCGUAAUCACAGGCCUAAUUGUAACAACUGUUAAUAGAUAAUAAUCCAUAUUUCAAAAUAAACUUUUUUUUAUUAGAUCGAUGUUUUUA